AUGGCUGAAGACUUCAGGAAAGGGCAAGACGACUCCGAGUUGCCCCCUCUCGACGACAGACUCGUUGCAUCAGCAGCUGCAAGGCUUGAUGCUGAUAAGAUUCCCCAUGUUCUCUGGGGUAAUUACAUGUUAACUAUUUUUGGCAUUCCAACCGUAGUCGAUGGCAUCGACUUCGUUGUUGACGUCGAUUUUAUCGACGCUGCCUAUGACACUCUUCAAGGUGCCGGUUUCAAAAAGUGCAGUUCAGAAGGUUGCAUCGGCAACAAGACACUUUCCUAUGCUCCAACCCCUUACGCCCAUCUCCACAUCACCGAAUCCGAACGGCUAGGCCUUUAUAAAAGAUCCGACAUUCUGUGGCGACUCCCAAAUUUAUCAAACGUGGACGGCGCAUGCAUAACUCUAGCAUCUGAUCCUAACCAACUACCCGGACCAGACGUCCUAGGGAGAGGAGGGCGAUUCCGGCAGGGUUUACAUCCAGUGCGCGUCCCAACCGUCUCUCAACUAGUUCAGGCACUGCUUUUGCUCGCAAAGAAAGACCAGAAUACGUACGGAGGAUACUGGAUGAAUUGGAUCAGCUACAUAGUAGAAUUCUGCUCCGAAAACGGCGUCUUUGAUAAAAGCCAACUGCCCGGGAAUUACAAGACCUAUAUCAACGCUUUCCUUGAGGGCGACCACACAUCGAAAGACCAGACUUUUGAAUGUAUUGGUCUUACUGAGUAG